AUGAAUAACGAGCUUCUGCAAUUUUAGUUGAUCUUAUUAUUUUCUUCUGUGAUCACUUUAUUUUACUUAUAUGACCGAGAAUUGAAUAAACAGAAGAUUUCACUUUUGUUUUCUAUUUGCAACAUAAGCAUAUUUUUGAUUGAAAUAAGAAUGAUAGGAAAUUUGCGAUGUAAAUAUUUUCAACAAACAAUAUUAGAUUUAACAAUAGCAGCUGCACUCUUUUUGGUAUUUAGAUAUUAUAGCAAAUAACCAACCAAAGCCUACAUCCCAUAGAUAAACAUUUUGAAUACCCAAGUUUAAGAAUGCACGGGCAAAAUAGAUCAAGAAAUGGAACAAUAACCUCAAUAUUUACCAGCCAUUCCAUCAAUUCAUGAGAGCAACUCCAGCAUGACACCCAAAUAGAUUCGGCUUUCCAAUGACAACAUUAAUGGACCCCAAAAUACGACAGAAAGGGGACAGCAACACAUUAAGUAGGAUUCUGGUAUGAGUUUCUUGGGAGACAACAAAAGAUCGUAAUAUUCUAAAAAUUACAGCAAUGGUGGAAUACCCUAACGACAGCAGAGCAGCUCUCCGAAUUAAUGUAAGAAUGAUGUCUUGAUUAUAAUAGCCAAUUUUAACGUUAUAAAGUUUCAAGAUGAUUGUGGAGAGAUCAAAUUUGGCAUUCUCAAAACUUUGAAAUCAGUAAAUUACGAUUAACUUGGUAAGGAGAUGGAGGGCAUCUACCAAAACGACAAAACAUUCACCAAGUUAAUAAAUAAUAUUGAGAAGAAAGGUGGACCUCGAAUGCAGAUUCUCUACGAGAGUCAAUAACAAACACAUCAAGUUUUUGAUGAUAAUUUACGAGGAGGCAUUCAACUAGAUUACACUAAUAACGAUUCAAUUAAAAUUGAUGAACCAAAAAAAGUGACAUGGAAGAAGAUCUGGCGAACAUUGUUUUUUCAAAUUGUUCUAAUUUGUAAUUUGUACAUAAGCCAACCAUGGCAAUCAGUCUAAGUCAUCCUAUUUGCAUUUAUUUGUUUAAGAUAAAUAUUUGUAUUGUCAAAGUUAAAAAUAAAAGAAUUAGAAUUAACACUAGAAUUCAGAUAGAUUUUAAUAUGGAAUUCCCUUGUGUUUUUACCUUUAAUUUCUUUAUUUAUUUUAAACCUUAUCGUCUAAAGAAUCGCUUUGAUAGUAACUACAAUUGCUCAAUUGAUCUCAGCCAUGAUCACCCUUAAAUAUUAUCAAGCAUGUUAUGAGUAACUCAUUUCUAUAUACAUCUUAGGCACAUUCAUUUAGUCUCUUUUUAUAUACUUUUGUUGGCCACUCUACUUUGUUUUAUUUGAAGCAUUAUCUAUAUAAUAAUUCUUAUAGUUUUAUCAAAAUUUAAUAAUUUUACUCUCUUUCUCUUCCUAGUCAUAGAACUAUCUAUAAAAUCUCAAAGGUCUUUAGGUUAGAGACUGAAAACACAUUAGGGCAAAAGGUCAAACAAUAUUUAAUGUUUUGGUUAUUCAUAGCUAUUGAGUGAAAUAAAAACCAAUCAAAUUAAAAGGAAUGACGUUAUAUAAAAAUAAGUAUACAUUUCAAAUUUAAUUUAGAGAAAAGAAGAACCACAGGAAUUGUAAUUUGAUGAUAAAAUUAUAAGUUAUUAGCUAUUAAAAAUAGUCAUGCGUGAUUUUAAAUAGAGAAAGGUAAAUGGAAGAGCUAUUAUUUCAAAUCACAACAUUCAUUAUUACGAAGAGUGA